CCUCAGGCGGCCCGCGCGUGGAGGUGCGGAACCGAGCGGCUGACUCCUGGCGCCUGCCGGCCCCCUCAUGCAGCGAGGAGCAUCCCGCCGUCGCCGCUAGGACUGGAGGCGCUAAGGCGCCAGGGCAGCGUUCGAUAUGUCGUCGGGCCUCCGAGCUGCCGACUUCCCCCGGUGGAAGCGCCACAUCGCGGAGGAGCUGCGGCGCCGGGACCGGCUGCAGAGGCAGGCGUUCGAGGAGAUCAUUCUGCAGUAUAACAAGUUGCUGGAGAAGUCAGAUCUUCAUUCAGUGUUGGCCCAGAAGCUACAACCUGAAAAGCAUGACACACCAAACAGGCAUGAGAUAAGUAAUGAUAAGAACCAGUUACAUUUUGUCUGGUGGUUUAGCCCCGGACAAGAUGGUACAUGGAGUGACCAUAUUCGACAAGAGAUGUCCCAGCUGCGGAUUAAGCACCAGGAAGAACUGACUGAACUACACAAGAAACGUGGGGAGUUAGCUCAGUUGGUGAUCGACUUGAAUAACCAAAUGCAGCAGAAGGACAGGGAGAUACAGAUGAAUGAAGCAAAAAUUGCUGAGUGUUUGCAGACUAUCUCUGAUCUGGAGACGGAAUGCCUGGACCUGCGCAGCAAGCUGCAGGACCUUGAGAUAGCCAACCAGACCCUGAAGGACGAAUAUGACGCCCUGCAGAUCACUUUUACUGCCUUGGAGGAGAAGCUGCGGAAAACUACAGAAGAGAACCAGGAGCUGGUCACUAGGUGGAUGGCUGAGAAGGCCCAAGAAGCCAAUCGCCUCAAUGCAGAGAAUGAGAAAGACUCCAGGAGGCGUCAAGCCCGGCUACAGAAAGAGCUUGCAGAAGCGGCAAAGGAGCCUCUGCCAGUUGAACAGGAUGAUGACAUUGAAGUUAUAGUAGAUGAAACCUCAGACCACCCAGAGGAGACUUCUCCUGUGCGAACUGUCACCAGAACAGCCACUAAGCGACUCUCGCAGCCUGCUGGAGGCCUUCUGGAUUCUAUCACUAAUAUCUUUGGGAGACGUUCUGUCUCUUCCUUCCCGGUCCCCCAGGACAAUAUGGAUGCUCAUCCUGCCUCUGGUAAAGACGCGAGGGUACCAACCACUGCUGUGUGUGUCUUUGAGGCACACGAUGGAGAAGUCAAUGCUGUGCAGUUCAGUCCAGGUUCCCGGUUACUGGCGACAGGAGGCAUGGAUCGGAGGGUUAAGCUCUGGGAAGCAUUUGGAGAUAAGUGUGAAUUCAAAGGUUCACUGUCAGGCAGUAAUGCUGGAAUUACAAGCAUUGAAUUUGAUAGUGCUGGAGCUUAUCUCUUAGCUGCCUCAAAUGAUUUUGCAAGCCGAAUCUGGACUGUGGAUGAUUAUCGGUUACGGCACACACUCACCGGACACAGUGGGAAAGUGCUUUCUGCUAAGUUCCUGCUGGACAAUGCACGGAUUGUCUCGGGAAGUCAUGACCGGACCCUCAAACUCUGGGAUCUACGCAGCAAAGUCUGCAUCAAGACGGUGUUUGCAGGGUCCAGUUGCAACGAUAUUGUCUGCACAGAACAAUGUGUAAUGAGUGGACAUUUUGAUAAGAAAAUUCGUUUCUGGGACAUCCGAUCAGAGAGUGUGGUGCGGGAGAUGGAGCUGUUGGGGAAAAUCACUGCCUUGGAUUUAAACCCAGAGAGGACAGAGCUCCUGAGCUGCUCCCGGGAUGACCUGCUAAAAAUCAUUGAUCUCCGGACAAAUGCUGUGAAACAGACAUUCAGUGCCCCUGGAUUCAAGUGCGGCUCUGACUGGACCCGAGUUGUCUUCAGUCCUGAUGGCGGUUAUGUGGCAGCAGGCUCAGCUGAAGGCUCUCUCUAUGUCUGGAAUGUGCUCACAGGGAAGGUGGAGAAGGUUCUUUCUAAACAACACAGCUCCUCCAUCAACGCAGUGGCCUGGGCCCCCUCCGGCUUGCAUGUCAUCAGUGUGGAUAAAGGCAGCAAAGCUGUGCUGUGGGCACAACCCUGAGGGCACCAAGGAGCUGCCUGUGGGCUCCCUCCGCCCCUCCUGGUGAGCAGCAUGGCCUCCUUGCGAAGAGCUCCAGCUUCGUGGCAUAGGAGCCUUAUUUUGAACAGCAGUCCUGAGAACUUUUUGAGGUCUCUAAUGGCCAAAGAAUCAACACCUUACU